UCCUCCUUUUCUCGCUCGUAUUGAAAUUUUUGAAACCCAUCUUCAUUACAAGCUUGUGUCGAAAGAUUAAAUCUUGACCAACUGGGUCUCUUCCAAUUCCUUCUGAUUUUGCCAGCGAGGUUUGGAUUUCGUGCUUUUGUAUAUUUUCGUUGAGUCUUUGAAGCUAUGGAGGCUUACAAGAAGUGGGUGAGGCAGAACAAAGAGUUUGUGCACUCCUUGGAGUCUUUGGCCAAUGGACUGACAUGGCUUCUUCCGGAACGGUUUUCUGAAUCAGAGAUUGGACCAGAAGCAGUAACAACCGUUCUGGGUAUCAUCACAGCUCUCAAUGAGCACAUAAUUGAUACUGCUCCUAAGCAAAAUAUUUCAGGCUCUGUUACACCUUAUUCAUUUCCUUAUCCAUUAUGGUUAUCUGCAUUAAAGGAUUUGGAAACAUUAGUUGAAGUUGUGGCACAACAUUACUAUGGUGAUGAUAGGAAAUGGAAUUUCCUUGCUGUUACUGAAGCAACCAAGGUACUGUUUCGGUUAUCUUUAUUUCGUAAGAGUGGAUAUAAGAUGCUGCUACAAGGAGGUGAAACACCUAAUGAUGAGGAGCAUUCAGAUAGUUUUUCUUCACAACAUAUAGGCUUAAAACCCGAUGGUCAUCAUAGACCUGGUUAUAUGAAAAAUAAUCUUGGAGCAAACCCAAUGAAUCUUGAAGGAAGAGCACUAUCUGCUUUGGUUAGAUUUGGAGAAAAUGCCAAGGUAUCGGAUCCAGUGAGAUUACACCGGGUUCAACACCAACAACAAACUAUGGAGCUUACAACUUCAAGAGUAGAUAGACCUACACUUUUCACCAUACUGUCAGAAAGGGGUCUGCGUGGGACUCUGCUUUUUAUUGGAGAGGUUCUAUUUAUAAGCAGACCGCUGGUUUAUGUUUUGUUUAUUCGAAAAUAUGGUAUUCGGUCAUGGACCCCUUGGUUCCUUUCGCUGGCUAUUGAUUGCAUAGGAAACAGUUUUCUUUCAAUUGUUACAUCAUCAGUGGUUGGCGGGAAGGAGCAAGUGUUUCAUCUGUCUGCCCCAGAAAAGGAUGAGGUUAAACGACGAAAGCUGCUGUUUGUUCUUUACCUAAUGAGAGAUCCAUUUUUCAGCAAGUACACUAGGCAAAGACUUGAAAGCACAGAGAAAACUUUGGAACCUAUUCCUGUGAUAGGUUUUCUUACAGCAAAACUUGUUGAGCUUAUGAUUGGAGCUCAAACACGAUACACUUACAUGUCAGGAUCGUGAUAUAA